CCCUCCCUCUCUCUCUAUCGGUUCUAAUCACAAUUAAAGAUGAGGAAGUUAGGCGGCGUUGGGGAUGUGGUUGAGGGGCUAAAGCCAGCGAUGUUAAUGGUGGUGCUUCAGAUAACAUACGCCGGAAUCAAUGUGCUGUACAAGAUCGCCGUCAACGACGGCAUGAACCUCAGAAUCCUCAUUGCUUAUCGCUAUAUGUUCGCCACUCUCUUCAUUGCUCCUCUCGCUCUUUUUCUUGAAAGGAAUAAAAGACCGAAGAUGACUUGGAGCGUUCUGUCUCAGGCAUUUCUAUGUGGGUUAUUUGGAGGAGUAAUGUCACAAAACUUUUACUUGGAGUCAUUGGCUUUAACAUCCGCCACGUUUGCUUCGGCCAUGUCCAAUCUCACUCCAGCCGUCACCUUUCUCAUGGCCGUCUCCGUCCGCUUGGAAAGAUUGAAUUUAAGAACAGUAGCAGGACAAGUGAAGAUCAUUGGAACAAUAGUGGCAAUAGGAGGGGCCAUGGUUCUCACAUUCUUCAAAAGCACGAAAAUAGACACAGGUUCCUUCCACAUCACCCUCUUGCAUCAUCGAAAGGGACAAGUGGCAUCACUACUAGCUCCCUCUAGUAUGAAGGCUCUCUUGGGUGCCCUUUGUUCUCUAGGAAGCAGUGCCACUUAUGCUUUGUGGCUUAUUAUCCAGGCUAAGAUGAGCAAGAGUUAUCCAUGUUAUUACUCAAGCACAGCUUUAAUGAGUUCAAUGGCAGCACUCUUAUCAACUGCACUUGCUAUUUGUCUUGAGAGUGAUUUGACUCAAUGGAAGUUGGGUUGGGAUGUUAGGCUUCUUACUGUGGCCUAUGCGGGAAUAGUGGUGUCUGGAAUAAUGGUGGUGGUAAUGGCAUGGUGUGUGGACAUGAAAGGACCUCUUUAUGUAUCUGCUUUCAACCCUCUUUUGCUUGUCUUUGUGGCCAUUGCUGGUUCUUUCAUGUUGGACGAGAAGCUAUAUCUGGGAAGUAUAAUAGGAGGGAUGUUGAUAGUGUGUGGAUUGUACAUGGUUCUAUGGGGAAAAGGCAAAGAGAUGAAGAUGAAUCCUUUAGUACCAUCACAGAGUAGCCUUCCAGAAGUAAUCAUAGUCAGAUCAUCACCAACAGACGAGAAAAGCAGCCCUCAAAACAAAAAUCAUAAUUAGGAUUUGUGAUCAUUCAGUCAUGCAACAAAACAUGCAUCGCACGUGAAGUAUCUAUAUAUGAUGUGUUGCUGUUCAUAGCCUAUGUGUGAAUGUGAUCCUUUUCAAGAAGUCUCCACACUUGUCAUCAGCAUUUUUGGGGGUUUAGAGGAAAAGUUGAGAGAUGGCGUUUGAAAUAUGCGAAAAGCAUGUUUGUUUAUGCCUAUUUGCAAUCUUAAUUAUGGAAUAGAAUUAUGCAAACAUCCAGAAUGUAAUAAUAAAUUGGCUUUGAGAGGAAAAUGGUAAUUUAAGUUAGAAGCCUAUAAGUAGUAGUGUUAAGCCUCUUGAGAACAUUUCAAGAAACAUUUUGAUUUUGUUAGAAGUGGUUAAAAUCAAUUUGGAUGAUAUUGUUGCAAAAUGUAAGUCAUGAUGGGGUUAGUCUGUAAAGAAAACUCAGCCC